AUUCCAGUUGACAGAGCUGCCAAUGUUGCAAAUAUCCAGGGUUAAGCACUCAAAGUAGCCUUCAAUCCCUCUUGCCGCCACCUCGUCGUUGGCCAACCCUCUCGGUACUCUCCAUCGUCGGAAACCACAGCACCACCCAGUGCCGGCGAUGGCCUCCUCCGCCCCGCCCACUGGAUCCCCUUCCUUCUCCCCACCGUACGUCCUCCGAGAAACCCUAACCGGCCACAAGCGCGCCGUUUCAGCCGUCAUGUUCUCUCCCGAUGGCGCCCUCCUCGCCUCCGCCUCCGCCGACAAGAGCCUUCGCGUCUGGUCCGCCGCUGACCUCUCCCUCCGCGCCGAGCUUUCAGGCCAUGCCGCGGGCGUCUCCGACCUCUCAUUCUCCGCCGACGGCCGCUUCCUCUGCUCCGCUUCCGACGACCGCACCCUCCGCCUCUGGGACCUCGCCACAGACGGCGCCGCUGCCCCCCUCAAGACCCUCACCGGCCACACCAACUUCGUCGUCUGCUGCGCCUUCAACCCCCAGACUAACCUCAUCGCCUCCGGGGGCUUCGACGAGACCGUCCGACUCUGGGACGUCAAGUCCGGCAAGUGCAUCCGGGUCGUCCCCGCCCACUCCGACCCCGUCACCGCCGUCGACUUCAAUCUCGACGGCUCGUUGAUCGUUUCGAGCAGCUACGAUGGGCUUUGCCGGAUUUGGGAUGCUUCGACUGGACGUUGUAUGAAGACAUUGAUCGACGACGAGAGCCCGCCGGUGUCGUUCGUGAAAUUCUCCCCCAACGGGAAGUUUGUGCUUGCUGCUACCCUCGACAACACCUUGAGACUAUGGAACUUCUCGACUGGUAAAUUUUUGAAGACAUAUACUGGGCAUGCCAAUCUGAGAUAUUGCAUUCCAGCCACAUUUUCCAUAACAAAUGGGCAGUACAUUGUUAGUGGUUCAGAGGAUAACUGUGUAUACUUGUGGGAGCUUCAGAGCAGGAAGGUGGUUCAGAAACUGGAAGGUCAUACAGACACUGUUAUUGCUGUUUCUUGUCACCCCUCAGGGAACAUGAUUGCGUCAGGUGCACUCGAAAAGGAUAAGACUGUGAAGAUAUGGGUUCAGAAGGGUGAAGAUCAAAUGGAAGCCUGAUUGCACACAUUGCUAACUCUUUCCUAAUGUUGUAACUUGCUCUGUAUUAAUCAAGAGUUUUCUUUAAUCUAGGUUAUUUUCUUUGAGUGAAAUUGUCCUGCCCUUAUUUUGGUGACAUUCAAGUAGGAACUCCUGGCUCAAGUUUUCUGUUUUGAAGCUAUUAUGGGAGCGAAAUAGCUGAUAGAUUCCUUUUCACCAGUGCUAGAGCUCAGUGUAGACCAAAAGAAAUAAAAGAAACAGGUAUUGCUGAUGCUAACAUA